AUGAACUCAUCCGUUAAAGGGGAAUCCGAGGUUCUAAACGGGGAAUGCGGCGACCGUUCUUGCGAGGGAAUUCUGCACGAGGAUACGGGAUCCGAUCCUGAGCUCGGUGAGGAGAAAGUCCCUGAUUGCGCUAGGCUCGAUGGUAUCCCUCAAAAGAUUGAGAUGCCGUGGAGAUCAUCGUCAAGAUCUCUGGCUCGGGAUGGUCGAUCGGGGAUGACCGAAGAUAUAGUCAUCGCUUUGCGGGAGAGGGUGGGAAUCAGUGACGCGGUCAAGAUUCUCGUUCCCUUACCUGACCAAAGGCCGAUGGACGCUCCACCUGGAUGGUUUUGCCUCUACGAAUGCUUCCUCACGGAGUUUGGAAUACGUUUUCCGGUCCUCCCGUUACUUCUCGAGUAUGCGUAUGAGCGGGGUGUAGCGUUGAGUCAGCUGACCCAUGGUGUAGUGCGGCAUAUGGUCUUCUCGGCCGCUCUGGCGAAGGCAGCCGGGAUGAAGCUAGACAGGGAGCUCUUUGAGCGAAGGAUUGUCCCAAGGAAAGUAAAUACUACUCUAAAGGAGAAGUUUAGAACUUUACGCGACUUGAGUAGAGAGACUUGGGCGGAUGCGUUUGCCGAGACCGAAAGGAAGAAGAAGGAAAAGAAAGGAAAGGCUAUUGCUAUAGCGAUUCCUCUCUGGAAGACAGGCUUAAGGAAAAGGGCUCCGGCUUUGGUGGAUGAUGAUAUCCUGAUUUCUGAUCCUUUAUCCAAGCGGAUGAGGUCAGAUUCCUGCGAGCUAGGUGAUCUUCCUCAGUCACUGGGGUCUCUUGGGGGUGUCACCAGUGGCGAUUUCUCUUCUCGGACUGUCGUGGCUUCUACUGGUCAGGGCGGGGAUAUGAGUAUCCUGGAGUCUGGAGGUGACGGGGUGACGGAUUCCGUCGGGAUAGACUCCGAUGCUGUCUCCUUUAAGUGGAAAGGUGGUGCUCCUUUAAUGGAUAAUGGCGACUUUAGUGGAGAGAUGGUUUGGGGUUGCAAACCUAAGCCAUGCUGGGGGGUUCCGCGUGGUGAGCUUGAGUUCAAGGGUGCUUUCGAUGAGGCUUCUAAUAAUCUUAUUAGAGCCGGAGGGAAGUUUGCUGCGUUGAUUCAACUUUAUGACGGCGCUCAAGGGUGCUCGGAGCGGAGUUGA